AUGGUUUACGGCGUCCGACCAUCGCCUUCAAACAUGACUCGCACUCACAAGGGCAACGACCGUGACCACGUCGGCCUCGCCAAUGGCACCGCAGCCCCAGAGGAGCACCUCCCACGCUACUUCGCCAAGUCAGGCUACGACGGCAUCGCCCCAACCGCCAUCAAGAAGCAAGGCAGCGGCAAAGGCAACUGGGGCCAAGCCGGCAUCUCCGAGCUGGAGGACUACGACUUCACCAUGAGCCGACCCAAGCGCCGCAGCAACAGCUCCUCCGCGGCCGCCGGCCACUCAGCCCUCAAGACCAAGUUCGAAGACUUGGACGCCGACGCCAUCGUCGAGUACGACGAGGACUUGCACGGUCCUACCGACGACGACAAGUUGGAGAAGAUGAGCACGUCCAGCUCCGCUGAUACUAUGGCUAGUGUUGAGGAGGAAGAUGUUAAGGAGCACAAGUAG